AUAAUAUUUUUGUGAAGCCGCCGUGUUCGUUCAGAUUUUCUAAUAGAUUGUGAAAAAGAAAACAAUUUUAAUAAAAAAUAAUUAUACAAAUAAGAUAUAAUCUAUUAUUAUUCAAGUUUAUUUUUGCUGUGUGAGAAAGUUACUUAAGAAAAUUCCUAUUAUAACUUUAUAUAUUAAAAGUGAAAAAUAAAACGAAGGCGUAGAAAAACGUCUGUCUCAUACGACAUUGUGCGUAAAACCGAAGAAAACCUAAGAAAGUGGAAAAAUGCAAUUUCAUUAAUAUUAUGUAUAUAAAAAGUUCUUAAAAAAGGAUGAAUUUCCAAAAUAAAUAAUUUAAAUAAAAUAGCUAAAAAACGUCUCACAGGUGUGACCCCCAUGUAUUUUUGCAAAUGCAGUAAUCACCAUUAAAUGAAAAGAGACAAAACAAAAAAAAUCGAGGGAGAUUUUUAAUGAGAAUUUCUUUGCAACAAUUCAAGAUUGCCUUAAAAAUUGUAAAAAAACGUGUUAUCUGCAACGUUCUGCAUUUUAAUAAAGUGCGUUUCUUCAACUAAGAAAAGAGGAUUAUUUUUAAUUGAACACAAUUCAAGGCAAUAAUACCCUUCUACAAGCACACAGGUGUGCUGAAUUGAUUUAAUCGAAUUUUGGAUUGACGUACGGCUUCAUCACGAAUUACUUACCGUUUGCAGCACCGAGGAGAUCAACAGUGGUUGCAACAGCCGGUGGUAAAACAACCGCAUCAGCUACUGGUCGCGGAUCUACCUCUACUGGAUUAUUGGGUUCUAAUUUUGUAGCAUUUUCAUUCACCAGCCCGUUUAGUAGUUUUGGUAGCAGCAACAGCAAUCAGAACGGCCAAAAUACGCCAAACAACAACAGCUCAUCACAGCAACAGCCUCAACUUUCCUCUAUUACAUCCACUUCUUCACAGAUAUUUCCAAAAGUAGCCAUGACAGAUAUUGGCUCUUUGUCUGCUUCCAAUGAAGCCGGUGGCAGUCAUUCGAAUGCAACAAUAGUCAAAGAGGGCUGGUUACAAAAACGAGGUGAACACAUAAAAACAUGGCGUUCUCGUUACUUUAUAUUACGAAGCGAUGGCACACUGCACGGCUGGCGUUCCAAACCUAAUGAAAACGCUCCGCCUGAAAGACCAUUAAAUGAUUUUACGAUCAAGGGCUGCCAAAUAAUGACCGUUGAUCGCCCCAGGCCUUUUACAUUUAUCAUUCGGGGUCUCCAGUGGACCUCAGUGGUUGAGCGAACAUUCUCUGUUGACACUGAAAGGGAGAGGCAAGAAUGGACAGACGCCAUAAGAACUGUGGCAAGUAGCUUGAGUGAACUGGGAGAAACUGCGAUGUGUACUUCAGAUAAUACAGAUAUGACAGAUGUCGAUAUGGCUUCUAUUGCUGAAAAUGAAUUGUGUGAAAAGUUUUCCGUUCAGGGCACAUCAACACGCAGCAGUGGUGGAGUGAAGAAAGUCACUUUGGAAAAUUUUGAAUUUUUAAAAGUUUUGGGUAAAGGAACGUUUGGUAAAGUGAUUUUGUGCCGCGAAAAGGCAACAGCCAAGUUGUAUGCCAUUAAAAUUCUCAAAAAAGAAGUUAUUAUACAAAAGGACGAAGUUGCCCAUACCAUAACAGAGAGUCGAGUUUUACAAACAACAAAUCAUCCAUUUUUAAUAUCUUUAAAAUAUUCCUUCCAAACAAACGAUAGACUUUGCUUCGUAAUGCAGUAUGUAAACGGUGGAGAAUUGUUCUUUCAUUUAAGUCGUGAACGUAUAUUCUCCGAAGAGAGAACACGCUUUUACGGAGCUGAAAUUAUAUCGGCUUUGGGCUAUUUACACUCACAAAGCAUUAUUUAUCGUGAUCUUAAACUCGAAAAUCUUUUGUUAGACAAAGAUGGUCACAUAAAAAUUGCAGAUUUCGGUCUAUGCAAGGAAGAUAUUACAUAUGGUCGCACGACGAAAACUUUCUGUGGCACGCCGGAAUAUUUGGCGCCAGAAGUAUUAGAAGAUAACGAUUAUGGUCGAGCUGUUGAUUGGUGGGGCACAGGUGUGGUUAUGUAUGAAAUGAUUUGUGGGCGUCUUCCAUUUUAUAAUCGUGAUCACGACGUCCUUUUCACACUGAUUCUUAUGGAAGAAGUGAAAUUUCCUCGUAUGAUUUCAGAUGAGGCCAAAAGUCUGCUGGCCGGUCUUUUGGCUAAAGAUCCUAAAAAACGUUUAGGUGGCGGACCAGGUGAUGUAAAAGAAAUUCAAGUACAUCCUUUCUUCGCCAGCAUUAAUUGGACUGAUUUGGUGCAGAAAAAGAUCGAACCGCCAUUUAAACCCCAAGUAACUUCAGAUACGGAUACACGUUAUUUUGACAAAGAAUUCACCGGUGAAAGUGUCGAAUUGACACCACCAGACCCCACGGGCCCCCUAGGCUCAAUAGCAGAAGAACCACAUUUUCCACAAUUUAGUUAUCAGGAUAUGGCCUCUACAUUGGGCACUUCAUCACACAUCAGUAACUCAGCUAGUUUGGCAUCAAUGCAAUAGAAAAGAGUGCAAAGCAUUUGAUAAAAAUUCAACAAUACACAUAUUGCCUAUGCCAGCAACUACAACAACAGCAAACAAUAUUAGCCGUGUUCACGUCUAAAUAAAAGUCGUCCAACGUUUUCAACGAACUUAUUUUCUUUCGUAAACGUUGGAACGUAUUUUAGUAUCCUAAAUAACAAUUAUGACAAACAAACAAAAAAACAAACUAUAAAGCAACCACUACCAUUAAUUUAAAAAAAAAACAACAACAGCAAAUAAUUAAUUCAAUGAAAGUAAACAAACACUGCUAAUCCAAAAAAGAUAAACUAAUCCUUACAUAUGAUUUAUUCGUUCGCUCCGAUAAAAGUCAUAAAGGCCAAAUAGAUCUUAUUCUUACUCUCUUAGCAUCAAAAUAAACUAUAAAUUAAAAAAUAAAAAUAAUAACAGGUAAUUUAAUUUCUUUUGUCCCUCCAUAUAAAGGUCAACUGUUAAUUGGUAGCCAUCUGUUGGAUUCUAAGGCCUUCUUUGAGGCGAUCAUUUAAAUAAUUCAUUAUUUAUUGUUUAAACUACAAUACACAAAUAAAAAACUGAGUAGAAAAACACUAAAAAAUCAGCAUACAAUACAUACAAACAAUAUGAUUUAAAACACGAUGUAUUUAAAUCGAAACAUUAAAAAAUGAAAUUAAAUUUAAUAUACAUUAAUAUACCUAUUUAAAACAAGAAAAAUGAAAACAAAAAAUUAAAAACUAUAAAAAGUUAAUUAAAUUUAUAUUAUUAAAAAGCAUAAUACAUAUAACAAACAGGCAGUUGCAUUAUAUAUCUACAUAAAUACAUGCAUACAUACAUAAAUACUAUAUACAACUUACUAUAGGGUGCUUUAAAAAGCAAAAAAGCAACCAACCAACCAACCAAGAAAUAUUUUUUAAUUUCUUUUUUUUAAGAAUUUUUUAAAUUAACUUUGUAAAGACAAUUUAAUGAAUUCAAAAUUCAUUGAACAGUAUGUACUUUACAUUCAAAGUAAAAAAAAAAACGAAUAAAAAUAAUAAUAAAUUAAAAUAUGAUAAUGAAUUUGAAAAAUUGUAUUCAUCGCGAGUUUGACGGAUAGUUAACACUGUCAGCCAGCCAGAUACAUUGUUUGUUUGGUUUAACUUUUUCCCCUAACUUCUUAUAAUUUCAUAUAAUACAUGUGUAUUGUAUAGUAUCAUUUGUAUCUUAACUGAGUUUCGAUUGAUAGUUAUUUAUUUUAAACGAAUUUAGUUUGAUUUUAAAUCUGAAGAAAGUUUUAUGAAAACUACAUUAAUCAAACAUACUUUAAUAUAACUUUUAGAAAGAAACCAAGACAGCAAGCAAACAAAUGCCGAGACAACGUUUAUGUAUAUUUUAUUGUUUUUUCUUUAGUAACAAUUUCAUUUGAAGAAGUAUCUUUGUGGUUGGUUAUACUGCAUACUUACAAACAUACAUGCAUACAACGCUGAGUUAAUAGUCAACAACUUACAAUUCAGUAUAUAAAGCUAUGUACUUGUUAUUUCACAGCAUUUAGAUGAAAUAAAAAUUAAAAACAAAAACAAAUAAUAUAAAAAUAAAACAUGUUAAUUUUUUGUUUUCGAUAUAUUUUUUUAUAAUAAUUUUGUUCUGAAUCUUCUAAUCCGUUACCUAUGAAUAUGCCAAUAUAAAAAUAGAAAAAAAGAGAGAUACAAUUAAUUAAAGGGAUUUUGCUUUUUACUUUCAAUGUACAAUCUAAAGAAAUUAACAACGAAACUAUGUUCCACUAUAGAGUAAACAACAAACAAACAAAUAAAAUAAACACUAGCUGUUAUAUUAACAGUUGAAUAACUACUUACUACUGAUCCAUAUAAACACAAAAACAUAAUUGUAAUAAUCAAUCAUCUGUAAGCCAUAAUCAUUAAGAAUAGAAGGAAGAACAAACAUUUUUCCAGCACUAUCCGCACCAAUUUAUACCAACCAACACAACCCAAAUUCCUUCCCCAGCCUCACAGUCUAGUUUUAAGCUCAGUUUUUAUAUACUUUAUUGCAAAAAAAAUUCAAAGAAUUUCAUUAAACAAAUAUAAAUUAAUUGAAAAGAACGGCGUACUCUAAGAAAAAGCAGAA